AUGUCUGGGAUAGACUACAGCGUGUGGGACCACAUUGAGGUCUCCGACGAUGAAGACGACACACACCCAAACAUCGACACACCCAGCCUUUUCAGAUGGAGACACCAGGCACGUGUGGAGCGAAUGGAGGAAUUUCAGAAAAAGGGAGAUGAAUUAGAUAAGGGACUUGCCGAAUGCAAGCGCAAGCUGGCAGAUGCACAGAAGAAAACAAAAGAACUAGCUAACUCGGCAACAGAUGACGCCAAAGCGGAGCUGAGCAAGGCCCAGGCCGAGGAGAAGAAACUGAAAAAAGAGGAGCGAGAGUGGGAGAAGAAGAUAGAGGAGCACCGGCGGGAAGAGAAGAAGAUGCCUUGGAAUGUGGACACGCUCAGCAAGGAGGGCUUCAGCAAGAGCAUUGUGAAUGUCAAACCAGAUCCCUCUGAGGAGACUGAGGAGGAGAAAGAGCAAAAGCAUAAAACCUUUGUGGACAAGUAUGAGAAGGAGAUUAAACAUUUUGGCAUGCUGCGACGUUGGGAUGACAGCCAGAAGUACCUUUCUGACAACCCUCAUCUGGUUUGUGAGGAGACGGCAAACUACCUUGUCAUCAUGUGCAUUGACCUUGAAGUUGAAGAGAAACACGCUUUGAUGGAGCAAGUGGCUCAUCAGACUAUUGUAAUGCAGUUCAUUCUGGAGCUGGCAAAAAGCCUCAAGGUGGACCCACGCGGUUGCUUUCGUCAGUUCUUCACUAAGAUUAAGACAGCAGACCAGCAGUACCAGGAUGCUUUCAACGAUGAGCUGGAGUCAUUCAAGGAGAGGGUUCGCGGCAGGGCCAAGAUCCGCAUAGAAAAGGCCAUGAAGGAGUAUGAGGAGGAGGAGCGACAGAAGCGCUUGGGACCCGGAGGGCUUGAUCCCGUUGACGUGUACGAGUCCCUACCAGCUGAGAUGCAGAAAUGCUUCGAUGAGAAAGACAUCCAAAUGUUACAGGAUGUUAUCAGCAAAAUGGACCCAACGGAGGCAAAGGCUCACAUGAAGAGAUGCAUAGACUCCGGACUCUGGGUCCCCAACUCGAAGGUAGACGACGGGGACGACAAAGAGGAAGAUGCUACCUAUGAGGAGGUGAAACACGAGAUGGAAGAGAAUAAGAAGGAAUGACCAACGCUGAUUUCAUGAUAUGACUGUUUUUACAAAUGUACGCACCCUCUGUAUUGCUACAUCCCUAUGUGUAUGCCUAGUUUGUUGCCAGAGUCUGGGAACAAUUAAAUGAAUUUCAAAGAUAUUUAGCUCAGCGAUUAGGAAUUUGUCACAGCAUUCGCCUAACUACGCAACAAUGUUGGAUCAGUAUCACCUGCUUGGAAAUGGAAUUGCCUUUCGUGUUUCUUAACCUUUUAAUUGUUUGGACAUCAGUAAAGCUGUAUUCUUACACUUAUGCUUA